UGAAUCACGCGGCUCCUCUGCCCCCUCUCCUUGACCGUCUCUCAAUUUUGUGGCUCUAGUCCUGCUGUGAUUUUGUUAAUAACUGCUACAAGCCUUAGUUAGCCAAUCAACACUCCUUAAUUGUACCAAAUAUGAACACUCCUCCGUCCCUUCAACUCGUAAAAUUCCCGGCAAUUUGUUGGUCUCUUCUUCCGCCUUGUAGUUGUAGUUGUAGGAAGGUAGAUGUGAACGCACGAGCGAGCCCACCCACAUAAGAGAAGAGAUCAGAACGCAACAUGAAGGAAGAAGAAGAAGAUGAUGAAGAAGAAAAGCAUGCCCAUCUCUGCUUAAUCAAUUGGCUGCCUACAAUCCCAGAUCGAUCGAUCGAUCCAAGUUGAGUCAUCAUGGGGAUUUGCUGGGCUUCUCCUUCCAAGAACCACAGCCCCGCCACCACUACUGCCCAGUUUACUUCUUCUUUGGGGGGCGUAUCUCAGACCACCAGCAACGGCAACAGCACUACUACGCCUUCCAGCGGAAGCGGAGACACUCGGUUCUCCGACGAGGAAAGUCCCAACGGAAAGAUCCUAUCCUUCCCUAAUUUAAGGAUCUUCAGCUUUUCAGAGUUGAGGAAUGCCACCAGAAAUUUUAGGAACGACUCGGUGCUCGGAGAAGGAGGUUUCGGAAAAGUUUACAAAGGCUGGCUUGACGACAAGCAGCAGCACGCAUCUGGCUCCGUUGUUGCUGUCAAGAAAUUGAACUCUGAAAGCACGCAAGGGUUUCAGGAAUGGCAGUCUGAGGUCAACUUCUUAGGAAGUCUUUCUCAUCCAAACCUUGUUAAGCUAUUGGGAUACUGUUUGGAAGAUAACGAGAAACUCCUCGUCUAUGAAUUCAUGCAAAAGGGCAGCUUGGAGAAUCACCUUUUUGGAAGGGGUGCUGCAGUUCAGCCACUUCCAUGGGGCACGCGGCUUAAGAUACUAAUUGGAGCAGCUCGAGGCCUGGCUUUCUUGCACACAUCAGACAAGCACGUAAUUUAUAGAGAUUUCAAGGCCUCAAAUAUAUUGCUUGAUGGGUCCUACAAUGCCAAGAUCUCAGAUUUUGGGUUAGCAAAAUUGGGUCCAUCAGCUAGCCAAUCACACGUAACCACACGAGUUAUGGGAACUUAUGGUUAUGCUGCUCCAGAGUAUGUUGCUACAGGGCAUUUGUAUGUGAAAAGCGAUGUGUACGGUUUUGGUGUUGUGCUGGUCGAGAUGUUGACAGGGUUACGGGCACUUGACCCAACCCGUGCCAAUGGGAAGCAGAACCUGGCUGACUGGGUUAAACCAUAUUUAAGUGAGAGAAGGAAGUUGAAAACCAUUAUGGACUCGCGGUUGGAAGGAAAAUAUCCUUCCAAAGCUGCAUUUCAUAUAUCUCAGCUUUCUCUGAAAUGCAUUGAAUCGGAACCGAAGACAAGGCCAUCAAUGAAAGAGGUAGUGGAAGCGCUGGAAAAGAUAGGCGGGGACGACGACAAACCCAAGGAGCCUCGAGUUCAUGCUACGCACAGCACUACUGUCUAUCCGCAUGGCUUUGGCCGGCACCCGAUGCACCAUCGAUCCCCGCUUCACCCUAGGCAAGAUGGAAACCGGCAGUAUCAUCAUCAACUCCAUGGACGACGACGAGCUUGACAAGGAGAACGUAUGUUGUGAAAUGCGGGCAUGCGUAUGCUAGCUAGCUAGCUCUGGCUGAUUUUCUUUUUUCUUCUUUUUUUUUUUCUGUUUCAUACCAUACUGGCUAGCUAUUUUUGAUUAAAUUUUGUUGUUCUAGUGGUUGUUCAUAUUGAAUAACUGUGGAACGUUAACAACAUUUGAAAUGUAAUUAUGUCUGGCAGUGCCAGUGGUACGGUGGCUUGGAUUUUGCAGACUA